GAUAAACUAUACCGAGCGUGUGUACACACAACGGAGCUUUUUAUCGACGAAUCGGUCGUGAAAGCUUUUUACCUGGAAUCGAAAUAACGCGAAAAGCUUUACGGUAAACUUCCAUAUAAUUUGCAUUAUAAUUUGAUAAGCGUUUUAAAGAUGUAGGUACUUUUUUUGCGGUAAUUAGCGUAUUAUUUCCCGUACUAUGGAAAUGUAGCACAAGGAAAAGUAGUAUUAUUUUCCUCGUGUUACGAUAUUGGGUUUCUUCGCAGUAUUUAACAUAAAAUACCCUUUGGAGCAGAUUGAGGAAAGAAAUUCCAACGAUGAACCUGUACGGGAAAGUUGCUGCGUCAUGAGGAGCAAAGGUUUACCUGCAGGCGAUCCUAGAAGACAUCGAAACUAAAAUAGUGCCCGGGUCAGGGACUUCCUUCCACGCGACAUUUUGACCAUUCGAAAUGUCAUCGUGUAAUCUUGAAACAGAGACGCGAGAUAAUUUUCGCGCUGAAUGAGUCGGCGUUUCUCUUCGAUUAGAAUGACAAGUUGCUAUAGCAGAUGUACAUACAUCAAAUUUCCAGCAUCUUUUCGUCAGAUAGAAUAUAUUUAAAUAACAGGUUCACGUCCCACUGAAUAGGGUUUUGGUCGUCACAUUGUUCUUCUAUUUCGAUCGAUAACACGUGUCUGUGGCAAAUAUAGAUGGUAUGUACAUGAUGCAAAUAACACCGUCUCGUCCCUUCGGUUUCAUCAGCCUUGUAACUCGAACAGAUUUGCUGAUAACCCAGAUGGAAAUCUACCUGGGAAUCACGGUUUGAUAGGGGAAUUAUGAAAAGUCGAUAUUUCGCAUCUGCUUUGGAUUUUCCUCUCCCUCUCUGAUGUCCUUUGUCGUACCAAUAAUAUCUCACAAGGACUACGCGCGUGCUAAAAUUAAACCGAUCACACGUAACGGUUUUAAUUUCGAUGAAUUGGAAAGUUAAUUUGUUACAUAAUCGAUGAUAAAGCAUAACGAUGCUGGGAGUCCAAUCUGCUAUUUCCAGUAAAUCAUUUGAAUAGCAUUUCAAUUUUUGCUCUUUACGGUAUUAAUAAGGCAAUAGAUUAACGCAAUUUUUUUUCAGAAAAUACGAGCCAACCUUGGUCGGUCAUCCACCCACGGAGGAGUCAAGUUGCGCAUGCGCAGUCGUUUGGGAAUCCCAGAAACCCUUAGAGAAUGGCCGAUUAGAAAAAUAUCGUUUGCUUUGUUUCUUUAUGAGGACAUCAAAACAUGACGCGAAGAGGCUACCAGAUGAUCAGAAGGAUAUUUCAUUCAUGCGGGUCUCGUGAAAGAGUUUCCUCGAACAGCACAGCCUCACGUGACUGCAAAGUGAAUUGGACAAUCUUAAACAACACAGAGAUCACGACGAACCACAUGACGCCAGAGAUCAAGUUGUACCUCUUAACGCCAAAUUGUGCUCUUUAUCACGAACCGGUUCAAAAUAUUUUGGAAGAUAACGCGAACGUUUUCGUGGAUCCCUUCUGGUCAAUUUAUUGGCCAGGCGGACAAGGACUCGCCAGAUUCGUCCUGGAUAAUGGGAAAAUGUUAUUCUCGUCCUCGAAGACCGUUUUAGAUCUUGGGGCUGGAUGCGGAGCUAUCGCUAUAGCCGCCAAACUUCGGGGUGCGAAGAAAGUUGUUGCCAACGAUAUCGAUAAAGUUGCCUGCGCAGCUAUUAAAUUAAACGCUCGCUUAAACAACGUGGAGCUUAACGUGUCCCAAGAAAAUCUCCUGCACCGUUCACCAGACGCAACGGACUACAUUUUCAUCGGCGACAUGCUGUACGACGAAGAAAUUACCGGAAUUUUAAUUCCGUGGCUGCAAAAAGCAAAGAAAAACGGCACGCGUAUCUUCGUGGGAGACCCAGGAAGACACGGUUUAACCAACGACUUAAGAAAUCAAUUGACGUUGUUAAAAUGUUAUUCGUUACCAGACAACGUUCGGAAAGAAAACCACGGCUACGAUAAAUGUUACAUCUGGGAGUUCAGAUGAAUGCACCGCGUGAGCAAAUUAGUGAGACAUUCGUCAUACGGUAGCGCGUGUCUCGCUCGUAAACAACCUGGUCCGAUUUAUGGCAGCGAGACGCCAAAUGUUGCGAAACUGAUCUUGAUAUAGAUAGUACGCGUGAUUCGCACGUUUCAAGUUCUAUUGUAAAAC